AUGUGUACACUUGCACGGCUGUUCUUGUUCUUGAUUUUGACCGUAUAUGCUGAAGAUAAGACUGAUCGUGUUCUGCAGCCCUCAGACAAGAAAAAUGAUUCCCAGUCUGAUAACGUUCCAACCGUUGUUGAGAAAAUUAAUCCACUGCCCGAAGCAUUCGAGGUAGAUCAAAAAACUGCAGACGACCCUAAGCGUCGAGAAAUAUUGGGUAAAUGUGCUAUACGACUUUCGCACACGGAUGUACCUUUGACACAUGCUACGCACAUAAAGUUGGGAGACAGAAGAUACUGCAUUUACGGAAGCAAGUUCGAGCUUCCAAUGAGACAGCAUGAGUAUUGGUGCCAACGAAGGGUUCACCCUAAUGCUCACACUUUUUCGGUAACGAAUGAAGCUGAGUUCAAAACUCUCCAUGAAGUUAUGUCAUAUAUUUAUAAUGACAAAAGACGUUGCAUAAACAUGCCGACUCUUGAGAAUGUUAGUGUGUUUCCGGAUAAACGAAAGACGGAUUUUAUGCGAGAUAAGAGUGGUUCUCACUCAUCCUCUGAAAUUGGCCAAAAAUGUUUCUCUCUUUGUCUUAAUAAUCCGAGUAUGUACAUUAAGUAA